ACAGAAUAGAGAGGAAUGCAGAAAUUGGGCAGGGUGUUGGCCAGUGGCCGAUGGGUGCGGCUCCCUCCUCUUUGAGUUCUGUUUCCCUGACGCUCACACUCUCAACUCCACAGCAGAAGCAGCAGCAGCACCUGGGCCCCUCCACUCGGCUCACCAUGGCACAAAUGAGACAGAGUCCUCCAACUGAGAUGGAACGUUCCAUGGAGAAGAUCGUCACCAUCUUCCAAAGAUACGCUGGUAAAGAGGGGAGCCAGGCCUCCAUGAACUUCAAGGAGUUUGAGAACUUCAUGAACACUGAGCUGGGCUCCUUCACCAAAAACCAGAGGGACCCCUCCAUCCUGCAGAGGAUGAUGAACUCUGUGGACGGCGGGGUUGAUGGAAAGAAAAACCAGGAGCUGGAUUUCCAGGAGUUCCUCAACCUCAUCGGGGGGAUCAUGGUGGCUGGUCAUGACGCACUGUCCAAGCUCCCUGAAUCCAAGAAGAAUCCCGUCCCCACCACAAAGCCCACGGAAAUGGAAUCUGCCAUGGAAAGCAUCAUCCGCAUCUUCCAACACUACGCCGGCAAGAAAGGCGACAAGAACCAGAUGAACUACACAGAGUUCGAAGCCUUCAUGAAAACGGAGCUGAAGUCCUUCACCAAUAACCAGAAGGACCCCAACAUUGUCCGCAAGCUGAUGGAGUCCGUAGACGGAGCAGUGGAUGGACAGCAGAACAGAGAGCUGGAUUUUCAGGAGUUCAUGAACCUGAUAGGGGGGAUGAUGGUUGCCUGCAAUGACGCCCUGAUGAGGCACCUGAAGAAGGUGUGAUCUGUGCAGACCCCCAUCUCUGUCCUGGGAUUUUACACCUAAUCUGUGAAUGUGUUCUGUUGCUUUUGUAGUAAUAAAAUAAAAAAUAACAAUGAA